AUGGGUUCCAGAGCCUUCUUCUUCUUCUUCAUCUUCUUGUGUGUAUCAUUCAGUUUUAGAGUUUGUGAAUGUGGUGCCUUAGUUCCUGCAAUCUAUGUCUUCGGAGACUCCUUGGUUGAUGUCGGCAACAACAACCACUUGAAGCUCUCUCUCGCCAAAGCCAACUUCCCUCACAAUGGAAUCGACUUCCCCACUACUAAACCCACCGGAAGGUUCUCUAAUGGCAAGAACGCUGCCGACUAUCUUGCUGAGAAAGUAGGCCUACCGACUUCACCACCGUAUCUCUCCCUAGUAUCCAAGUUUAGAAAGAUUACGAACACGACGCCGUUUAAAACAGGCGUGAGCUUCGCAUCUGGAGGAGCGGGAAUUUUCAACGAAACAAACAAUCUUUUUAAGCAAUCAGUGGCCAUGGGCCAACAAAUUGACUUCUAUUCGUCAGUGUACCAACAUCUAGUCGAAGAGCUUGGAUCCUCUGCGGCACAAGUACAUCUUUCGAAAUCUCUCUUCACCGUUGUGAUUGGAAGUAAUGACAUCUUCGGCUAUCAUGAGUCGUCCGAUCUGCGCAAAAAGUACUCCCCGCAGCAAUAUGUAGAUUUGAUGGCCUCCACCCUCGAGUCGCAACUUAAGCGAUUAUAUAGCUAUGGAGCAAGAAAAUAUGUGAUAGGCGGGGUUGGCUUAGUGGGGUGCACUCCAUCGCAAAGGAAGAGGAGCCGAACAGGCGAAUGCGAUGCGGAAGUCAAUUCGUGGGUGGAGCACUACAACUUUGGCCUAAAAGCAAUGCUUGGGAGACUCAAAAUGGAGCUCAACGGCAUUGCAUUCUCCUACUUCGAUGCAUAUGCAGUCAUGUCCAACUUCAUUCGCACACCAUCCUCUUACGGAUUCACAGAGAUUAGAAGGGCUUGUUGUGGGCUUGGAAACCUAAAUGCCGAUGUUCCAUGUUUACCAAUUGCAGCAUUUUGCUCAAAUAGAAACGACCAUCUCUUUUGGGAUCUCUAUCAUCCUACCCAAGAAGCCCAUCGCCUCUUUGGCAAUUACAUAUUUGAUGGUCCAUUUACGUACGCUCUCAAUGUCAAGCAACUCAUUGCUCUUUAAACCACCAAAAAAGAAAAACAAAAAAAAGUGCCAUCACACACACAUUAUUAUCUAAUUCUUGUAUUGCUGUUAGAGUCCACAAGGAAAGAAAGUGAGUAAUAAAUGUAUACUAUAUCUUUUGAUAUAGAUGAAGAGAGUUCAAAAAAGAUUCGUCUAGUAAUAUUCUCGCAUUGCUGACUA